GACAGCAGCACAGCUCGAGGUCGAGGUCGAGGUCGAGGUCGAGGGAGAGGUCGAGGUCGAGGGAGAGAGAGAGGGACUCUUCCGGGUCCUCCUAUCUCUCUCUCGCAGAACAUUCCUUGAUCCUCACCGCCUCCUCCUCUCCCCGCAGCUCCCGACCGCAGUCAGCAUCUCUUCGCGCCGCUCGAGAGUUCUCAACUGUCUGAAAUUAAGAGGGGUUGGUUAUUUUUUCGAGAAGAAUUCGAUUGAUGAUCAAGGGUUCGAUCAUGGGUAGGAAGAAUUUGCAGCUUUUUAGUGAUAGGCAGGAUGGGUUCUUCUCUAUUAAUAACUUGGGCUAUCAGUGGAGUUCUGUCGAUCCUGAUGUGUGUCCUGUAGGCGGUUUAUUUGCCAGUGUAGGCCAAAUGGGGAUGAAUUUCGGUUUAUCGCCGAAUUCACCUAAUACCCAUGAUAACGGGGGUGUGAAUAGCAUAAAACUGGCCUGCCCCGAUUUGAUUAUUAGGUACGUGUCGUCUCCGGAGGGUAUUCGGAUUGUCGGGGUCCCGGAGGAGGAAGAAACUGUGAAGAAUAAAAAGAGUGGGCUUAAAUUGCAAAUAAAGGUGAAAAACCCUUCGUUGAGGAGGUUAAUAAGUGGGGCAGUGGCGGGGGCUGUUUCGCGGACUACGGUGGCACCAUUGGAGACGAUAAGGACACAUCUGAUGGUAGGAAACAGUGGGCAUUCUACUACCGAGGUGUUCCAGAAUAUUAUGAAGACUGAUGGGUGGAAGGGAUUGUUUAGGGGUAAUUUGGUUAACGUUAUUCGGGUUGCCCCCAGCAAGGCCAUAGAGCUAUUUGCAUAUGAUACGGUCAAUAAGCAGCUGUCACCCAAACCCGGGGAGCAGCCGAAACUUCCAAUUCCCGCGUCAUUGGUUGCUGGGGCCUGUGCUGGUAUCAGUUCGACGUUAUGCACAUACCCUCUCGAGCUACUCAAAACUCGUCUGACGAUACAGAGAGGGGUUUAUGAUGGUCUCUUUGAUGCCUUCCUGAAAAUAGUAAGAGAGGAGGGUCCAGCAGAGCUCUACAGAGGCCUCGGGCCUAGUGUCAUCGGGGUCAUCCCUUACGCUGCCACCAACUAUUUUGCCUAUGACUCAUUGAGAAAAGCGUAUAGGAAGGUUUUCAGGCAAGAGAAGAUUGGAAACAUUGAGACUCUCUUGAUUGGAUCUGCAGCAGGGGCUAUUUCGAGCAGUGCGACUUUCCCAUUGGAGGUGGUGCGUAAACACAUGCAGGUCGGGGCAUUGAGUGGGAGAAAGGUGUAUAGGGAUGUGAUCCAUGCUUUCAUGAGCAUACUUGAGCAGGAAGGAAUCGGUGGCUUAUAUAGAGGGUUGGGCCCGAGCUGCAUGAAGUUGGUGCCGGCUGCUGGGAUAUCAUUCAUGUGCUAUGAAGCAUGUAAGGGGAUAUUGGUGGAGGAUGAUGAGGAUGCUUAGAAAUAGAUUGAGCAAGGAGCAUGGAGUUUAGGUUUCCGGUUUUCUUGGCCAAGAGGAGCUGGUUUUGGGCCAUCUCUUAGUUUGUUAACUGCAGGCAUAUAUUUUUUGCAUGUCGUCUUUAUUGGUUUGCAUCUUUUUCGUAUAGGGAGGUCGCAAUUGACGUGAUUGUCACGAUUUUUCAAGGUGAGUUAUGAUUUUCAA